GACCUCCACAAUUCUAUAUAACUCAAGCCUCUCUGUUUCUUUCUUCUUACACCUGUAAAGUACUUGAACUAGUCUUGUAAGUUCUUGAUGAUCACCAAAAUGUGCAGGUUCAAUCUUGUAUUAGUGUUGUCACUUUGUCUGAGUUUGUGUCUCUUUCCUGAUACCAUAUCUGCACAACUUAAGCAGAACUACUAUGCUACAAUUUGUCCAAGUGUUAAUGUUGAAAACGUUGUUAGAGGUGUUGUCAGAACCAAAUUUCAACAAACGUUUGUAACUGUUCCUGCGACUCUUCGUCUCUUCUUCCAUGAUUGCUUUGUCCAGGGCUGUGAUGCUUCAGUCAUAAUUGCUUCCACUCCAAACAACAAAGCCGAGAAGGAUCACCCCGACAAUCUGUCGUUGGCCGGAGAUGGAUUUGACACUGUCAUCAAAGCCAAAGCAGCAAUUGAGGCGACUAGUUGCAAGAAUAAGGUCUCUUGUGCUGACAUUCUCGCCAUGGCAACCCGAGAUGUGAUUGCACUGUCUGGUGGUCCUUCGUAUGCUGUUGAACUGGGAAGAUUGGAUGGGCUAAGCUCAACAGCUUCAAGUGUGAAUGGGAAGCUGCCACAGCCGAAUUUCAAUUUGAAUCAGUUGAACUCCAUGUUUGCUGCUAAUGGGCUCACGCAGCAGGACAUGAUCGCUCUCUCAGCGGCACACACCGUUGGAUUCUCUCACUGUGGUAAGAUGUCCAACCGGAUAUACAAUUUCACCCGUCAAAAUCCAGUGGAUCCUACGCUCGACCCCACGUAUGCGAAGCAGCUUCAGGGUAUGUGCCCCAGGAACGUGGAUCCGAGAAUAGCCAUCAACAUGGACCCAAACACACCUAACACAUUUGACAAUAUGUAUUUCAAGAAUCUUCAGCAACACAAAGGUCUCUUCACAUCCGAUCAAGUACUCUUCACGGACCCAAGGUCCAAGCCCACUGUUAAUGCCUGGGCCCAAAACUCUCCCGCUUUUCAACAAGCCUUCAUUACUGGCAUGACCAAAUUGGGUCGGGUCGGGGUCAAAACCGGGAGGAACGGGAACAUUCGUCGCGAUUGUGGUGCGUUCAAUUAAGCUAAAAAAUUCUGCAAGUGGUCAAAGAUGAAGAAGCCAAAUCAGAUUUUGUUUGUUAUUUCUGUGAUUAAAGAAAUUGUUACUGCAAUUGGAGGGUGGGUUAUGUUUUGAUUAACGUUAAACAAUAAAGGGUUGUCAUGUUGAAGACAAAAAAAUAAGAGUGGAUAAACGUGAGAGCACAUAGAUUUUGAACUUUAUUUUUUUAUUUUAUUUCUCCAAAUAAAAGAAUCUCUCACUUUGACUUCUGUU